AUGAACAUCUCUGAGUCUACCUCUGAGACGGCGUCCAAGUCCGGCGCUGUCGACUCAGAAGCUCAAAUUGAGCCAGUCUCAAUAGAGAUAGUAGAUACCAACAAGCUCGAGGCACACGACGCCAAUGUUGUCGAUUGGGAUGGACCACAAGAUCCUGAGAACCCGCAGAAUUGGACCAUCGUUAAGAAAUGGACGCAUAUCAUCUUGGUGUCCCUAUUUGCUCUGGUCACAAAUAUGGCUCCGACAAUGUGUGUGCCUGGAGCCCAUAUUUUCCUCGUUGAGUUCCACGUCACGUCGUCGACAUUAAGCCAGCUUGCCAUCACUAUAUACGUCCUUGGUCUGGCACUUGGUCCCAUGGUCUUGUCUCCCCUUAGCGAGGCCUAUGGACGCCUGCCCAUCUAUCACUUUUCAAACUUAUUGUUUCUCAUCUUCGUCGUUGGCUGCGCUGUGAGCAAUACUCUCGCGCAGUUCAUGGUUUUUCGCUUCAUCUCGGGCUUCAUGGGGGGAGUACCAAUGGCCCUCGGUGGCGCCACAAUUGCGGAUAUCACUCAGAUCGAAGCACGACCUGUUGCUAUGGCUCUGUUCAGUCUGGGUCCUUUGACAGGACCGGUACUUGGACCACUUAUUGGAGGCUUUACAGUUGUUGGCCUAGGUUGGCGCUGGACAUUCUGGCUGAUAGUUAUCCUGAGUGGUGCUAUUUUCUUGGUCGCCGCCUUCUUGAUGCGCGAGACGCAUCCUAAGACUUUGCUGGAGCGCAAAACAGCACGCCUUCGGGCCCAGACCGGAAACAAUGAGCUGCGAUCCAAAAUGGCUUCCAAACGUCUGACACCUGGCCAAGUACUUGUCACAACACUGGUUCGGCCCUCCGUGCUCCUCAUCCGCUCGCCGAUCCUGCUGGUCAUCUCCAUUUAUGUGGCUCUUAUUUUUGGCACCAUGUACCUCCUCUUCACGACCUUUACUAGCGUUUUCGAGGGCCAAUAUGGUUUCAGCACUUCUAUGUCUGGUCUCGUCUACCUGGGUUCUGGCGUCGCACUCGUCCUGGCCUUGAUUGCCUUCCACGCCUGUAAUCACCGCCUGCUGCAGUCGCGCAUGAGGGCUGAUGGGGUCACAACCCCGAAACCCGAGUACCACCUGAUUAUGAUGAUCCUGUUUAGCCCCUUUGUUGGCUUUGGGCUUUUCAUGUACGGGUGGACCACUUAUUACCAGGUGCACUGGAUCGUGCCCAUUAUUGGGACCGUACUUAUCGGUUUCGGUGCCUUCUUCGUCAUAAUGCCUGCGCAACUGUACCUGGUGGACCUGUUCGGCUCACAGGCUUCCGCCUCUGCUCUGGGUGCGAACAACCUGCUGCGGUUCCUCUUCAGCCCUUUCCUGCCCCUGGCCGGCCCAGCAAUGUAUACAACGCUGGGCUAUGGGUGGGGGAAUUCCUUGCUCGGAUUCCUUGCUCUCGCCUUCGUGCCAUUCCCAAUUUUAUUCUACAAGUAUGGAGAACGGAUGCGAGGCAAGACUGUCAACUUGUAA